AUGCGUCCCCACAGGAAUUUACGAAUAGGCCCCUACCGAUGUACAUAAUUACAAGGGACCAGGCCGGCGUGGAUCUUAAGCCAGUUCUCAUCUGUGCAGUCUGCAAAUUCACUGAAAAAAAGAUUUUCUUGUUUCUGGAGAAGAUGAUCCGAUCGGUGAUGGUGAUAAACACGCAGGGGAAGCCUCGCCUUUCCAAGUUCUACGAAUUUCAGCCUGUGGAGAAGCAACAGGAACUUAUAAGCAGCGUCCAUGGAGUGUUGUCCGGUAGAGCUGAGAAUGUGAGCAAUUUCGUGGAUGCUGAGUCUAUUUUCGGCCCGGAUACUCGCCUUGUGUACAAGCACUUUGCAACUUUGUACAUCGUCUUUGUGUUCGAUAGCUCUGAAAACGAGCUUGCCAUGCUCGACCUCAUACAAGUAUUUGUGGAAACAUUGGACAAAUGCUUCAAAAAUGUAUGCGAGCUUGACGUGGUUAUCAAUUACAGCAAGAUGCAUACCGUAUUGGAUGAGAUCAUUUUUGGAGGUCAAGUGCUGGAAACAAGUUCAACUGAAGUUAUGAAGGCCGUCGAAGAAAUCUCAAGGUUAGAAGCAGCCUCAAAUGCCAUCUCACUGGUCCCAAAAUCUGUUUCCGCCUGGCGGAGUCGAUAGUUUGCAGUUUUGAUGUCACACCGAGGCCGAGCCUCCAAAGUUUCUUUGAUAGGAAUCACUGCAGAGCUCUUGCAAUAUUAGUGCGAUGUUUGUGAGUAUUUGGAUGCUUGAUGGAUGGCUGAAUACUUGGAUGAAAAAAAGAACAAGGAAACAUGCGACAAUCUUGAGUUAUCGGCAUUAUAUCUUCUGUUUUCUUGAGCUGUUGAGCAUGUGUUUCUUUGGUUUCGAGUCUUUCAGACAUCGCUUGUAUCAAAAGAUAAUUAACAGAAACAGGUACAAUGCAGUCUCGUAUUGUUCGACGAA